UUUGUUUGGGUGACAGAAUUUUAAAAAGCUAUUGAAAGGCUAGAACUCUGGACCAAAUCUAUUUAUAUGUAACCAGAUCACUAAAGAAGAAAGCAGGGGCUAAGUAUAACCUAGAUAGGAUUGGCUUUAGGAAAAGAGAUUGAGGGGCAACUAGGUGGCACAGUGGAUAAAGUACUGGCCCUGGAUUCAGGAGGACCUGAGUUCAAAUCUGGCCUCAGACACUACACUUACUAGCUGUGUGACCCUGGGCAAGUCACUUAACCCUCAUUGCCCUGCCAAAAAAAAAAAAAAAAGGAAAAGAGAUUGAAGGUCAAGGAGAAGGUGCUGGCAGGCAGCCUGUCUCAUUCCUGUAAAGGGAGUGGUAUCUGGAUAUGAGGACCAGGGCAGUGAGUUGAGUUGCCAGGGAAUCAGGAAAUCCGUUCUCCAUUCAGAUCUCAAAGAUAAGGACAGAGUCCAGCCCUUGGGUAGUCAUAAAUUGAGUUUCAAGUAGCAAGACCCAGGGAUGAGGGAAGGACAGAGUCCAGUCCUUGGGUAGUCAUAAAUUGAGUUUCAAGGUGCAAGACCCAGGGAUGAGGGAACCUGGGAGUGGGAGCCCAGUGGAGAGAGCCAGAGAAGAGUCCAAGAAGCAGAGAGACAGUGAUCCUGCUCAUGGCCUUCCUGGUGGCCAGCUCCUUGCAGGUGGCAGUGGAAAAGGCAGAGGCUGGGGACUGCCUGGGAAGGAAGGUAGGUGAGGCAAGCCUAUUGACUUCACCCUGAUGUUUGGCUCUUUCCCCAACUCCCUAGCUGAGCCUUGACCCCAUUUCCCUGCUGGACUCCUGACUCUCUAGGAGAGACUCUCCUCCCCCACCUCCCUCCCUUUCUCUGCAUUUGUCUUCCCAGGGGGAAUAUGACAUGUCUGGGGCCCGAAUGGCCCUGACCCUUUGUGCCUUGGGAGGGCAAGCUGGAGAGGAUAGGGCAGUUGCUCCUCUGGCAGCUAUGUACCAAGCACUCGGUUUCAAGCACUGCCUUAGAAGAGUGGUCAAGGCCCAGUCUCUCCAGGAAGAGCUAGCUCAUUUCCGAGAGCUUCUGGAUGCCCAUGGGAGCCCCAUCAGCUGCACAUUGGUUGCUCUCGUGGCUCACAGCGGUCGUCCAGGGUGGCUGCUGGGGCCAGAUGGAAAGGAGGUACAAGAGAAGGAGCUUGUUGGAGAACUGAACCGCUGCCAAGCCCUGUGGGGCAAAGCCAAGGUGUUUCUGUUGCUGGGCAGCCACAAUACAGAUUUGGAAUCCAGUGCUUUUCUUUCCACACUGACAGAUGUAUGCAGGCACUCUCCCCACUGGCACCUGCUGGAGGUGCUCACCCAGGUCAUUGGCAAGGUAACUCAAGAGAUGCCUACCAUAGGGCACAGGUGCCCCAUCUUCCAGAGCUCCCUUCGGGGUGCACUGUACCUUGGGAGAGUAAGGUCACAGAACCUGGAGCUCAGCCCUGCCCCACAAGGGGUAUACGACAUGUCUGGGACAAAGGUGGCCCUCAUCUUAUGUGUCACCCAGGACCGCCCUGGGGCUGAACAGGACCUUAAAGCCCUGAAUACACUUUUCCAGACCCUGGGUUUUAAGAGCACUCUGAAGCUGGACCCCACUGCCCAGGAUUUCCGAAAGGAAUUGGCUCAGUUCCGGGAGCGUCUGGAUGCUUGUAGGACCACAGUGAGCUGUGCUGUGAUAGCCCUUAUGGCCCAUGGGGAACCCCAGGGACAGCUUUUGGGGGCUGAUGGACAGAUGGUGGAAGUGGAAGAGAUGGUGAGAGAGCUGAGCACUUGUCAGGUCCUACAGGGCAAGGCCAAAGUUUUUCUGCAGCAGGGGUGUCGUGGGGGUAACAGAGACCCAGGCAUGAGACCUAGAACAUGGCCGUGGCUGGACCACUGGCUACAGCACUGGCUACAGAGGCCUUCAACUAUCCCUUCUCAUGCAGACAUCCUUCAGGUUUAUGCUAACAUGCAAGAUGUCUCCUCUAGGGAGAACUUUCUUAGGAACCCAGACCAAGUGGACAUCCUGAGAGUCUAUUCAGCUGCAGAAGGCUAUGUGACUUACCGAGAUGAGAAUGGCUCAGACUUCAUCCAGACACUUGUAAAAGUUAUCAUAGCUGAUCCUGAACAGGACCUUUUGGAGCUUCUGACUGAAGUAAACAGGCGGCUGUGUGAGAUGGAUGUGCUUGGUCCAGACUGUGAUGAAAUACGCAAGAUGAACAUGGAGAUCAGGAGCUCCCUGAGAAAACGAUUGUGUCUAAAGGUCUGAGACCUGGAAAGCAAGACUGUGUAUUUGGACCUUCAACGUCCCUGUCCCUCAGUUUUCCACAACUUGUUUUUGUCUUUCUA